AUGCCGCCGCCACUACACAGCCGUCGACCACGACCUCAAGAUUUCGACAGACAAAGAUGGGAUCGACUGCACAAGCUACCAAGAACAGCGAAAACUGCCUUCUUGUUUGCCGUCUACGACGAUGACGGGCCUAAACUGAGAGAGCUUGUCGCCGCCGGGACCCCCACAUCAACUUCUGCGACGCCCUAUUCGGCUCUGCGCUCAGGCGCUCUAAAGGCGCUCCUGGAACGCGUUGCCGACUCUAACGGGUGUGGACUCGAUAAGAAAGCCACAGCGCUGCAUCAUCCUGGUGGCCCCGUCUACGUCAACAAUGGUCCAGAGCGCCACUUCCACGAGACGGGCAUUCGCAUGUUGCUAGAUCACGGCGCCAGCGUGCUGGAGAGAGACACGGAAAGUAACACGCCACUACACUACGCUGCCUUUGGCUCCAACGUGCGGUGCUUUCGCCUAUUGGCUAGCAAGCUGCCUCGAGAUGCAGACGCCUCCAUUGUCAACUUGAAGAGGCUGUGA